ACAAAGUUUUCAGAGAGGAGGAGAAGAAGAAGAAGUCUUUAGCCUGAGACGUGGUAAUAAGAGGAUGUUUUGAGCUCCUGAAUACCGGUGAAUGGUGAAUGGUGAGUCUGUACCACUACUGUUCUUCAUUUGAUGACAAAGUUGCUGAUGGCGGGGGAUAAACUGCUGGAGAUGUGGAAUAGAUGAGAUACGGAGAAAGAGUCCCGCAUGGAUCUAGAAAUGGAAUCCCAGCCACACAAGACAUUACCACAUUCGAUUGAAGAAAUUCUGAGGAGGCCCACGUGUGUCAGGAGAGAGAAAUGUGUUCAUCGCAACUGGUCUGUUAUCAAGGAGAACACCAGAAUAUCUAACCAGCUCUCUUGUGUAGAAACUCCACAAAUCAGACAACUUGAAGAGCCUCCAAAAGUGACCACAGACUGCAUGAGUCAGAGGAAAAGGAGGCAAACGAGGGUCACUUUUACACCCUUUCAGGUGCAGGAGCUCGAGAAAGUCUUCCAGCAGACUCACUAUCCAGACGUCAACAGCAGAGACCAGUUAGCCUCUCGCCUGCACCUCACCGAGGGCCGAAUACAGAUUUGGUUCCAGAACCGCAGAGCCAAAUGGAGGAAGGCUGAAACGCUGAAGGAUAUAGAACUGAUGGCCAGACAGCACAUGCAGCCAGCCCGUCAUCACCUGCUUUAUUAUGAGCUCUUACAGAAGGCCCAGCAGCAGACGGUGUGCUGGCUGCCAUGCUGCUUACCUAAACCCCUUCAAUCAAGGCUGUUCCUCAGAGCGACUUCAACACCCGGCUUGCUGACCGACACACAUUCCUCAGGUCACAGGACUCUGUAUUUUGACCCGCUGGAGACAGACAGAUAGCAACUUUGGUAUUCUUACAAAUGAUGACACCACUGUGUUGAAUCACGUCGUGCUGAGUUCCUGGUGAUACACAAAAGCACUGCGGGCCAGGCUGUAAUCUCUAAACUAUAACGACUGUAUAUAUACUGUGUUGACAACAUGAAAUAAAGUUUGCAUUUUAACAAA